ACACAACGACAACGGCACUGACAGGCUAGCAGAAGGUGACGGUGGACUCAAAAACUACUUGCUCAACCAUGAUAUAUUGCUAAUUUUCACCACUUACAUUUGGUCAAAGACCUUAUUUGUUGCUCGGUUUGCCUACUUUUUGUCUUACCGGUCGCGUUUUAAUAUCCAAUAAAUAUCUUGAUUCAUUAUGCCCAUGAAGCGUCUGCUCAGAUGCAUUUAAACCUUAUGGCUACGCAGGUUUGCCAGGCUGUUUUAGAGAAGGUCAGUUACCCACGACUUGGAAAUGAUUCACCACAAACAUAUAGAUGAGAGCGAUACCAGUUCUCAGAAGUCCAAUUCCAAUGACUUACAUAUUUUAAGUUUUAAGCAUACAUGGAAUGUUGCUCGAUUGCUGGGUCUCAUUCUUUUGUAUUUCUCCCUUUCAAUUGGACUAACAUUUUAUCAACGUGCUCUUCUUCAGGAUCUUCACUUUCCUCUUUCCAUAGUAUUAUGCCAUUUAAUUUUAAAAUUUGUGCUGGCAGCAGUGUGUCGUUCUGUCAUAGAAUGGUAUUCUGGAUGGCCACGAUUGCAAACUCCUUGGAAAAAAUACAUUUCCCGACUAGCCCCUAUUGGUAUAAGUAGUGGACUAGAUGUUGGUCUAUCCAAUUGGGGUCUUGAACUUAUACGAGUUUCAUUGUAUACGAUGACUAAAUCAACUACUAUUGUCUUCAUACUCUUUUUUGCUCUUUUAUUUAAACUAGAAAAAAAGUCAUGGGCACUUGUACUUAUAGUGGUCCUCAUAGCUUCAGGUCUAUCCAUGUUCACAUAUAAAGCAACAGAGUUUAAUACUCUGGGUUUUGUUUUAGUUUUAAUUGCAUCUUUCCUAAGUGGCGUGAGAUGGACCAUGGCACAGCUUUUAAUGCAGCACUCUGAAGCAGGACAUCAAAAUCCUUUGGACAUGGUGUAUCAUGUCCAACCUUGGAUGAUUCUAUCUGUGCUUCCAUUUGCGGCAUUCUUUGAAGGUUCUCAAGUUGCUAGCAGUUGCUUGCUCUAUGGUUCUCAACAGGGGCACCAGGUUCUGAACACUGCCUCCAAAGUGGGAGCAGGUGCCCUUUUAGCAUUUGCUAUGGAGCUGUCAGAAUAUUUAGUUGUUGUCAACACGUCCAGUCUUACUCUUUCUGUUGCUGGAGUUUUCAAGGAAGUGUUUACUGUUGUUCUGGCUGUUGAAUGGGUCGGUGACAGUAUGAGCCAAAUAAAUGUGAUUGGCCUCGUACUGUGUGUUGGUGGAAUCUCUGCCCAUGUAGCCCACAAAGUGCAUACUUCAAUCAAAUCACCAUCACCUGCUCGAUCCAUCCCAACCUCACGAGAACCCAGCCUCAAUUAUGAAAUGCGAGCUCCACUGUUAGCAAACGGAGCAGAAGUAGCCUCUGCUCUCUUAAUGAGUGGAACAGAAGACGAAGACUCUGAUGAGAAUUCUGAUAUUCUUUAUGUUUUGAACCACAGAGAUCGCCUUGCGCAUAGAUAACAAGUGCAUUGACAUGAAAUGCAUCUAACGAUUCCAACUUAUAUAUUUUCCUUCCUUUGCAUUUUUCUUUUACAUGAUUGGGACCAUGUAGUACAAAAAUUAUAUUCUCAUUUAAAUUAUGUGGCCACUAUGUGAUGUUCUAUUAUUGUUUUCUAAAUUUAUCUGUCAAGAUACUUUCAUUUUGUAGUUUUCUUAUGGCUUCACUCAGUUUCACAUGAAUUUCUUUAUGUCCAGAGAAAAUGAAAUAUGAUUUAGAGAAACUUUUUCUUAGCACAUGUUGUUAUAAUUUAAUGAAAUUAUGCCCUGCCAGGAUGAGGUGUUUGAAACGACGUCAAACCAAUAUUGCUUCGAACACCUAAUACUGGCUGGGACGUGUGCUUACUGUGUUAGUCAUUAGUCUGAUUGAUUAGUCAGUUUUCAAAUGAGGAAUUUUUAAUUUACAUUUUUGUAGUUGUUUUGAGUAAGAUUAGUUUUCAUAAGAUUUUUCUAUUUUACUAAGUCCCCUAUCAUACUGAUCUACUCCUUAUUAUGGGUUUAUCAGUAAUAGAAGAGUAAUUUAUGUAUGGUCAAAUGAAUUUUCACUCUUAUGAUUGGGCUUCCUAGAUUUCGUUUCUACGUUGAAGGUAUUUUUUGUUUUCAGUGACAUCUAGGUGUCUGAAACCCUUCAGGAACAUCAGCAACAAUUAAUUUAUUUACAGUAUUAUCAAUUUUUCACCACUAAUGGAAAUUAUGAUUUUUGUUUUUAAACAAAUUUUUAUUGAAAGUGUUAUUAUGUACCUUCAUCAUUAAAUCUAGGCUAGUUUGGUUAACAAACAUCCUAUGUGAACUAAAAGACAGACAAUUUUUGUCGUUAUCAUAUUUUAAUUGUGUUUUUGUACCAGUCGCUUGCAUAAUUUUAUUUGUACAUUCCAUUAUUGGUAAGUGGGCUGUGUGAAUGU